ACAAAAUAACAAAAUAAAUAAAAAUAAAAACUACUAGAAAGGAGAAGAAAUAGGGAGGGAGAGGGGGGUAAGCAAGGAAUCCAGCUUUUGCAAAUCGAACAUUAAUCCUUCCCAUCUGUUCAUCUUUUGUCAGUUGACUGUUUGAAUCGUAUGUAGCUCUUCAAAAUCUCAAUUGCUAAUGUCUUUCUGAGCUCAAUAAGGAAUAGAGAGACCGAAAUUGGGUUAGAGAUGAUAACGCGAUCGAAUCUGGCUGAGCAGUUGAGAGAGUAUCAAACUCGAUCCAAGCAUGACUGGGCAUCUGUCUCCUUCUUCUCGUCCACCACCAAUCUAACUUCUUCGAGGGUAGAUGUUGUGGUAUUUGUAAUAUGGGAACUUGUAAUUCUUGCCUUUCUGGUAUUUUCAGCAGUUUCUUUAUAUUUUCGGCAUAUGCGACUAGCUUUUAUCUUAGUAUGCUUCACAAUGCUAUUGCUUUUAUGCAUGAGAAUUACAAAGCAUGUGAGACUGGCCCGGAAAAAGAAACGAAGAAUGCUUCUACCUUUAUCCAUGUAACACUAAGUGAUGGACCUUCUGAAGUAAUUCAACAUUGUUUUGUAUACUGUGAGAAUUGUUGACCAUUGCGGUGGAGCCAUUCUGUCUUGUUUAUUGGAAUAUGUAAUCACACUAAGAUCAAGUUGAUUAAGGAAUAUGACUUGAGGUGAUCGCUUUUACAAAUGCUGAUUGAAGCAAAGAGUUCUAAACAUCCAAGAAUCAAAGCUGAGAUACCUUCAUUCAAUGGGGUAAUGGUCAUUGCACUUGGGUAUUAGUAGGUGCAAUGCUAAAGGCAUAGUUCCUUUCUUGCUGCAUGUUUGUAGCAUGUAUUUGGCUUCAAUUACGAGCCAUGUCCAUACUUGAUUACAUUUUGAAGAGCAAAUGAUAAGUUGAAUGGUUUUUAGAUGAUGUAAUAUGUAACAGUCUUCAGUUUUAUUGACGUGCAUUGCUAUUGCUAAGGUAUAGAAUUAAAGGGAAGUUGGUUUU